GUCCACUUUGGGUUUCACUUUUAAAUGGUACCACACUCACAAUGAAAGUACUUCAACUACCACAAGCAGAUCGGGAACCAGCAAUCAAGCGUUUAAAGACAGAGACGAAACUGGCCGGAUAUUUUGUGAUGUCAGAUAUGAAAGAUGUUUGCAUCAGGAACUCAGAGGAAACAUUGGAUGUUCACUGGGGUUUCAGAAAUAGAUCUGCUACGUAAGGAAGCAAAUGAGAGAUUCAUUAAAAUAUUUGGAGACAAUAUGGAUGAAAGCAGUCGACAUGAGAAUUUCCUUAACCCAGCAGAAGAAAAACUUUUAAUGCGACAUUUUGAAUUUAUUUUGAGGGAAUUCUGUAAGAAGUUUAACCCUACAAUGCCAAAAUAUGUACAGGGGACUGCUCUAACGUACUUCAAACGGUUUUAUAUCCAUAAUUCUAUAAUGGAUUAUCAUCCUAGGGAUCUCAUGUUGACUUGUGUAUACCUAUCAUGUAAGGUAGAGGAAUUUAACGUGUCUAUCGGACAGUUUGUUGGUAACCUGAAGGGAGAUAGGGAGAAAUUUGCCAACAUUAUCCUCGGCUUUGAACUUCUCUUAAUGGAUAAACUACAUUAUCAUUUGACUGUACACAACCCAUUCAGACCCCUCGAGGGAUUUCUCAUUGAUCUUAAAACUCGUUAUUUCAAGGAUAAACCAGAGAGUGUAGAGAGGUUUAGAAAAAAUGCGGAGGAGUUUGUGGAGAAAUCUUUGUCGACAGACGUUUGUCUUAUAUAUUCACCUUCACAGAUUGCCCUGGCUGGAGUGAUAUGUAGUGCUGGUGAAGAGGGGAUAGCUCUAGAUAAUUAUGUUACCACAGUUUUAUUAAGGGGUUCUCCAACAGAAGAAAUAAAGAAAAUGGCUACUCAGAUUAAAAGAAUUAAGAGUAUAGUUAAGAAUCAGGAAGCUCUGCAGCGUGAGUUAAUCGGUCCAGUACAACGGAAGCUUGAAAACUGUCGGAACCAAGCUAAUAAUCCUGAAUCUGAAGUUUACAAACGUCGAUUGGAGGAGAUGUUUGAGGAAGAAGAAGAAGAGCGGAGUCGGAAACGAGCUAAAAUUGCUCAUGAAGAGAUGGAGAGUGAAAGAAUGCUGCUUAGCAAUUGAUAAUACAAGCCAUCUGAUUAGUUAAUUUAUUGAUAUCACAACAGACAUUUUGAUUGGCUGAUAUAACAGAUGUUUUGAUUGGACGGAAAUUUAGAUUGUCCAGCAGGGAAAUUAAAAGGAAAUCAAUUUGACUAUUGUGAUGGGAAAGCUUUGUGUAACAUAUCAGAUAGAUGACUGUUAUUAUUUAUUUUUUGAAAAAUCAAAAAAGCACCCAUUUCAUAAUAGCUUUAAUUUCUAACUGUAUGAUGGGAAUGGAUAAUUUGAGAGGCAAAUUGCAUGGAGGGACCAUGAUUGAAGCAAUUUUUGCUGCAUUAAAGUGCUAAUAUUUUAUUUUCGCAGAAAAUUAAGUAUUUCUAUGUUGAUGUGCUUUCAAAUAUCUCGAGGGUUGUUUGCAAAACUGUUGUAAGUCCUUUAUUUCAUAUAAGUUACUGCAGUUUUGCGGUCAACCUUUGAUAUACCAAUUAAUGUGUUCAAUAGGAAAGCUUCUUGGUUAGUUCAGACUAUAACAGAAGAUGGAAAUUCCAUGUGGAAUUUAACUUUUAAAGAUAGAAAUUUUGUUUUGAAAAUUGAUGUGGAUUUAUAUAUUUGAAAAUAGAAAUUUCAUAUGGAUGGUUACAUGUUUUAAGAUGAAAAUUUUAUGU